AUGGCAACACUCUCAGAGUACGACGCCAUAGUCAUUGGCUCCGGUCAAUCCGGGACGCCUCUGGCUGUCGCAUUUGCGAAAGCGGGACAGAGAACAGCCCUGAUUGAACGUAAAAACAUCGGUGGAAGCUGUAUCAAUGAAGGCUGUACGCCUACAAAAACGUUAAUUGCCUCAGGUCGCAUCGCCUACCUAGUUCGCCGGGGACUCGAUUAUGGUAUACAAACUGGUGAGCGCAGCGCCAGCGGGAAUACAGCCUUGGUCGAUAUGAUCAAGGUCCGCCAACGAAAACGCAAUAUCGUCGCUUCAUUCCGCGGUGGCAGUGAGACUAAGAUAGAAGAUGCUGGUGUGGAUCUUCUCAGAGGUGAAGCUACAUUCGUGUGCGAGAAGACACUUGAGGUCAAAGAUAGUGGCGGCAACGUAAGAACUAUCCAUGGUCAGAAGAUAUUCAUCAAUACGGGAGAACGACCAGCACCGCCACUCCUUGAAGGAAUCCGCUCGGUUGAUCAAAAACGAGUAUUAGAUUCCACAUCAAUUCAAGAGCUAGACGAGGUCCCUGGUCACCUUGUUGUGAUUGGAGGAGGAUACGUCGGGGUGGAAUUCGCACAACUGUUUCGCAGACUUGGUGCACAGGUCACAGUAAUCCAGCGUGGAACACAAUUACUACCGCGCGAGGACAAAGAAAUCUCUCAUCUGCUCCAAGACAUCUUUCGAGAGGACGGAGUUUCAGUACACUUGAACUCCGACAGUGUCAGAAUUGUGCCAUCGCAUAACGGGUUCACUCUUGAUCUACACACCAACAAUGGUGAUCAAACAGUCGAAGGAACGCACAUUUUAUUCGCUACUGGCCGCAUUCCAAAUACAGACCGGCUGAAGCCAGAAGCUGCCGGUAUCGAAACUGACAAAAAAGGAUAUAUUCAAACCGACGGGUACCUGCAGACUUCUUCCCCUUCGAUCUUUGCCAUGGGCGACGUGAAAGGACCUCCCGCGUUCACGCAUAUCUCAUACGAUGAUUUCCGCAUUCUUCGGUCUAACCUGCUUACAUCGCCACCCACAAGGCUCUCUAUCAAAGACCGCAUUGUCCCCUACGUGGUCUUUACCGAUCCUCAGCUAGCACACGUCGGUCUUCAUGAGAAGGAAGCUCGGGUCAAAUUCCCAAAUAGGAAGAUUCAAACUGCAAAAAUGCCCAUGGCAUAUGUGGCGCGUGCGUUAGAAACGGACGAGUCGAGAGGGAUGAUGAAGGCUGUCGUGGAUGGUGACACGGGGUUGAUUCUAGGAUUUACUUGCUUGGGCGUCGAGGGUGGCGAAAUCAUGAGCACCGUGCAAAUUGCGAUGGUCGGAAAUGUUCCUUAUCAAAAGUUGCAAGAUGCUGUCUUGGCCCAUCCAACUCUAGCAGAGAGUCUGAACAACAUUUGGGCAUCUUUGGAGUGA